UAACUAUCCUGUCACCAAAUGAGUUACGUGUAGAUAUUCAAAACGCGAAAAGUGUCGGGUAAUUUCAUCGUGACCCCUUAGGAAGCAUCGACCCUUCUCGAUCGUUUCUUUAAAAGCUGUCAUCUAAGCUUCCGUUGAUCUGUACGCCGGCUUGCAGAAUUGCAGAUCCCAGCCCCUGCUGCAAGCUCCCUUGAAAUUGUGUUCUUAGACUGAGGAUAACGUGGUCAUAAGGGGAGCUUGCGAUUUCGUGCUGGGGUUGUGCUUCGUUCAAGAGGUUCUUUGUUGGGAUUUUUAUUGCAGCGCAGACAGUGAUUCGUGAACUGAAGCACUCGUUUCGAAGCGUAUCCAUUUCACAUGUCGACGACUAACCUUCCCGAAGAUGGUCCUCUGCCUCAAGGAGCUCCGGUGCCAGAGCCCUUCUACUGGCCUCUGGGCGAGGCAUUGUUCGCCCAGAGACGAGACGCACGGGAAAAGCUGCGAAGAUACAACAUGACGGGCCUUUCGUCUUUGCCCACAAAGGAGCUGGAGGCUCAGCGAACCGAGAUUUUGAAAGAGUUGUUUGGGAAAAUCAACAUUGAGAAGCCCCCCUUCAUAGAGCCGCCUUUCCAGUGCGACUACGGCCACAACAUCGAGGUCGGCGCAGACUUGUACAUGAACUUUGGAUGCUGCAUUCUGGAUUGUGCCAAAGUUACCAUCGGCGACAAUGUCCUGUUUGGACCCAACGUCCAGAUUUAUUGUCCCGGCCAUCCCCUCGAUCCCGUCUUAAGAAAUGGAGUCAAUGGACCUGAAUACGCGUUGCCUGUCACAAUAGGAAACGAUGUCUGGAUCGGUGGCGGUGCUAUAGUACUGCCGGGGGUAACCAUUGGCGAUGGCGCUGUUGUAGGAGCUGGAGCUGUUGUGACGAAGGACGUGGAGCCCAUGGUUGUAGUGGCUGGUAACCCUGCCAAAGUAGUGCGCAGAGAUGUCAAGGGCAGUUGGGGUAGCGUUGUAUCGCGCCACAAGAAUGCGUGAAGUCGAGUAGAACUUGAAGCCGAUGUAUAAAUUUAGACGUAGUCUAUCAAUUGCAAUGUACUUCUCCCCUGCAUGUGUUGGCCUCCGAGUGGGCCUGAUGCCAUGCCCUAUCUAAUCCACGUCUCACGUGCCUUUGUGGGCAUACAAUUUCUGUUACACCA